AUGUCAUCAGAUAAUAAAAAUAGAACCAACACGUAAAAAAAAGAAGUACCGCAGUGAAAGAACUGCCAAGUUCUCGGACACAUAUAAAAUUACUGUCACAAAUCGGCUGUAUGCGUGAAGUGUAGUGAAGGACACAUAACCGAAGUUAUCUAAAAAUUACCAAAAUCUAAAAAGACAAAAGCAAAAUGUGCAAACUGUGGUGAAAAUCACACAGCCAACUGGAAGGGUUACCUGCUUACAAGAAAGCAAUAGGAAGAGCACAUCCAAAACACGUCUCUGCUGUGCAAAGAAUACAGCAGAAACCAGUCACAGCAAAUGUUUCAUACCGCAGAUGACUAACACUUCAAAAGUCGAUCCAAAAAUAUCUCAACUAAAGGGAAACGAAAAAUCGAUUACUCUUAAUGAUAUUCUAGUCGCGUUAACCAACGUAAUGCAGACACUAGCAAAUAUCCCAGCAAGAAUGGACAAAUUGGAAAUAAAUCAGACAAAGUCCAAAAAUACCUCACAGAAAAUAAAGAAAUUAACAGUACACUGCGGAUCAUUGUAUGGAACGCCAAUGGGUUAG